AAGGCGGAUUCCUUCGAGGCCACGAACAUUGACGCCUCCAUGCCCCUUGAGGGCCAGAAUCCACUUACAAACAUGGCAUACUUGUCAUUUGGGAUACGCGACGAGAGCCCGGCUAGCCCCGGGUCGUCCAGCUGCAUCACUGGGUGGGACUACCGCCGACAACCACCACUUUACUACACCGAUUGCUCCCCGAACUCCUACAAAUUCUUUGUUUCUAGCUAUAAUAGCAACAAAGACUUCGAUCUGGAAGUCAGGCACACAUGGGAAGAGACCAACAAUACGGGUAAAUUCACCCACGAGAAACGGGCAAAAGCUGAGAUAACUAGCGACACGGGAAGCUGUGGUCCCGAUAAUGGUGGUAUUUCUCGCUGCACAUGGCCUUCAGUCAAGUUGGAAGUUUACAACGACACGGUAACGCCGAUUUAGGUCGACGUGGUAAGGACCUUGAAGCGGAGCGACUACAAACUGGUAGUAAUAGAGCUGAUGU